UGCCACACACACACACGCCCUCCUCUCUCUCAGACUUUCAAAGUUUUUCUGUUUCAGGUGAGCCAAAUUAAGUUUGAUCUAUAAUCCUUGUCUCUUAAGGAGAUAACCAAUUACAUUGAUUUCUUACUGAACUCUUUUCUUUAUGCCAAAUUUUGAAACGUUCUGUUGAUCUUGAAUGAAUCUGCUUAUUUUUCGGAGAAACAUGGUUUUUGGAUUUGGGUUUUAAUGGAAGAAGAAGAAGGUUGAUCUUGAGGAGUGAAGAGUUGAUGAAUUGAGGGAAAGAGUACUGUUAGUAUAUGGGAUGAUGGCCACAACAGCUGUUGUAGGACUCAACGCAGGGAAAAGACUGUUGAGUUCUUCCUUUUACUACUCGGACGUCACCGAGAAAUUUCUAUCUGUAAAUGAUCUUUGUUCAUCACAGUACUACUACCAUAUUGCUUCAACAAGAAGUGGAAUAACUGCGAAAAAGACAUCAUCAUCCAACUACAGUCCGAGCUUUCACUCAUCAAGUCGCCACACACAAUCUGCCAAGGCUCUUAAGGAGAGCGUGGAUGUUGUGCAGCAAUGGCUACCUCCUGGAUCUGAUCAGGAAUUGGAAGAGGAUGAUGAUACCGUUGAGGCACUCUUGUUGCUGCAGAGGUCUUUGUUAGAAAAACAGUGGAAUCUUUCCUUUGAGAAGAAGAAGAAGAUUCCGGUGACGUGUUCAGGGAUUUCAGCUCGGCAAAGGAGAAUGGGUGCUAAGAAGAAAACUAAUAUUAAAGUGGUUAAUUCAGACUUGUUUCAAAACAACCGUGUCAAGGGUGGUUAUGUGAAGGGUGUCAUAAGUGACGAUGUUCUUAGUCACGCUGAAGUCGUGCGCUUGUCCAAGAAAAUCAAAUCUGGCCUUCGUCUUGAUGAGCAUAAGUCAAGAUUGAAGGAUAGAUUAGGGUGUGAGCCUUCUGAUGAACAGCUUGCAACAUCCUUGAAGAUAUCUCGUGCCGAGCUGCAGGCAUGGUUGAUGGAAUGUAAUCUAGCUAGGGAGAAGUUAGCUAUGAGCAACGUUCGUUUGGUUAUGUCUAUUGCUCAGCGUUACGAUAAUAUGGGAGCAGAAAUGUCUGACCUUGUUCAGGGUGGUCUUAUCGGACUUUUGCGGGGAAUAGAGAAAUUUGAUUCUUCCAAAGGUUUCAGAAUCUCAACUUAUGUAUACUGGUGGAUUCGACAGGGUGUCUCAAGAGCAUUAGUGGACAACUCACGAACAUUGAGGUUGCCUACUCACCUGCAUGAAAGGCUAGGUUUAAUCCGAAACGCAAAGCUUAGACUUCAAGAGAAAGGGAUCACACCCUCCAUUGAUCGGAUUGCAGAGUCACUAAAUAUGUCUCAGAAGAAAGUUAGAAAUGCAACAGAGGCUGUAAGCAAAAUAUUUUCCCUAGACAGAGAUGCAUUCCCUUCUUUGAACGGUCUCCCUGGAGAAACCCACCACAGCUACAUUGCGGAUAAUCGUUUGGAGAACAAUCCGUGGCACGGGUACGAUGAGUGGGCACUCAAGGAUGAAGUGAGCAAGCUUAUAAGUGCAACACUUGGAGAUCGGGAAAGGGAAAUUAUUAGGUUAUACUAUGGUCUAGACAAAGAAUGUCUCACAUGGGAAGACAUUAGCAAACGGAUAGGAUUAUCGAGAGAGAGGGUUAGACAGGUGGGGCUUGUGGCGCUCGAGAAACUAAAACACGCAGCGAGGAAGAGUAAAAUGGAGGCAAUGAUCCUCAAGAAUUGAUUUUGUUUUUGUACAUUUUUAUUACAUGAGAGCCAUAGAGAGAGCGACUGUGAAUGUUGUAUAUAGACAGGGAACAAAAGGGGAAUACUCUCUUUAUUCUAUCUUCCUUGCUUGUUAUGUAAUCUGAGCUGAGAAACAAGGACAGUGAUGUAAUAGUGGCUUCAGGUAACUUACUCAUCUAUCUCUCUAUUUCAUUCA